AUGGAACCUGGCAAUCUUGGAACAACAGUACGACGUAAAGAACUCCUUACUACACAGAAUGAUAAGGAAGAAUACCAACUACAAUCUUUUAAUGACAAAAAGGAAGAUCUGGCAAAACAACAAGAAGAAGGAAAUGCUCCUCUCAGCAAAAAGGAUCGUGGUAACUUUGCACUUUUGGUGGUGUUAUAUCUACUUCAAGGUGUACCUGUUGGUCUGUCAUUUGGUUCCAUUCCGUUUUUACUCAAAGCACAUCUCUCAUAUUCUCAAAUCGCCAUCUUUUCGUUAUCUUCUUGGCCAUACUCACUCAAAUUAAUAUGGUCACCUAUUGUGGAUGCGGUGUACUCAAAGGAAUUGGGAAGACGGAAAUCAUGGAUCGUACCUAUUCAACUCUUGACAGGUUGUUUCUUUUAUUGGUUGGGCAGUCAUAUUGAUGAUAUCAUGGAUCAAGAAGAACAUAUACCAAUCUAUCGAUUGACUAUAUCCUUUUUAUUGACUGUUUUCUUUUGUGCAACUCAAGAUAUUGCCGUGGACGGAUGGGCUCUGACUUUACUUUCAAAAGAAUCUUUAUCCUAUGCUUCUACUGCUCAAACCAUAGGCCUCAAUAUUGGUUAUUUCAUGUCUUUUACCGUGUUUUUGGCUCUCAAUUCUCCUGAUUUCAGCAACAAGUAUCUGCGUUCGGAACCUAAUGAUAUCGUUGGGGUCCUACCUUUGGGUGCCUAUAUGAAAUUUUGGGCCUUGAUGUUCUUCUUGGUGACUGGUUGGCUUUUGUUUAUGAAGAAAGAGGCAAAAGAUAUGGGUAUCAGACAAGUUUAUACUACUAUUUGGAAAAUCUGCAAAUUACCUCAUAUGAAGAAUUUUGUUAUUGUAUUGAUGACAUCAAAAAUCGGAUUCAUUUGUCAUGAAGCUGUUACCUCUCUUAAAUUAGUGGAAAAAGGAUUCUCAAAAGAAGAUAUGGCAUUAUCUGUAUUAUUGGACUUUCCUCUUCAAAUCUUUUUUGGAUACUAUGCUGCCAAGUGGUCUAAUGGAUCAAGGCCAUUGAAACCAUGGCUUUAUGCAUUUUAUGGUCGUCUUUUAUUCUCUGCAUUGGGUAUGUUGGUAGUUGCUGGAUAUCCUCAAGGGAAAUCAGAUAUUGGAUACUUUUAUUUUAGUAUUAUCAUUGCCUCUACUGUGCUCAGUUCCUUUAUGUCUACAGUUCAAUUUGUUAGUCUUGCCGCAUUUAUGACUAAUAUCGCAGAUCCAGUCAUUGGUGGAACAUACAUGACGUUACUCAAUACAUUCAGUAAUUUCGGUGGAACAUGGCCCAAGUUCUUUGUUCUUGAAGCUGUCGACUAUUUCACAGUUUCAAGAUGCUCUAUUACCAAUGCAAAAGAUCAAGGUAAGCUAAUAAUAGUUAAAUUCUCAUGUACAUCAGAUGCUGGAAGAACAUUGUGCAAGGAUUUGGAUGGAACGUGCUUGAUCGAGACCGAUGGAUACUAUUAUGCAGGAUCAUUAUGUGUACUGAUUGGAUUGGUUAUGUUAGUUUUUUAUAUCAAACCUGUUGUCAAACAUUUAGAAAAGCUUUCCAAAAGUAUGUGGAGACUGAAUCAAUAA